AUUUUGGACCAUUGGCAACGCUGAUUCUGUGUUGUUAACCUUGUGUAGUUUGUGUGGUGGAUUUUGUAAAUUUUGUACCAGAAAAUCAAAAAAGGUAUCUGAAGUAUUAUAAAGGUAUUUAAAAACCCUUUCUUGGAAACAGAUAUCAUGACAGAAAUGACUGAAACAAUGAAGCAGAGGGUUGCAACUAUGUUGAAGGGCAUAGAAAGGUACAAUCCUGAUAAUCUGCCUACGUUAGAAAGAUAUGUUGAAAUGCAAUCAAAAGAGAAUACAUAUGAUCUCGAACCAAACCUCGCUGUUCUGAAGUUAUAUCAAUUUAAUCCUCAAUAUUUUAACAUACAGAUAACCUGUCAAAUUUUACUAAAAGCUCUUACAAAUUUACCUCACACUGAUUUCAUUUUGUGCAAGUGUUUAUUAACAGAAAAACAGCUAGGAGAAGAUCCUAUUAAUCAAGUAAUAUACUUGGCAGAUAUUUUGGAACAAUGUGAUUUUCAGUUGUUCUGGGCUAGAAUUAGAACUAUACCAGAACUUACUCAAAAAAUAUCUGGUUUUCUAGAUUCUAUAAGGAAGUUUGUUUGCCAUGUUGUUGGGAUUACUUUUCAAACAAUUGAGAAAAAUCAUUUAUCACAGCUCCUAGGUGAUAUUGAUGAUAAAACCUUGCAAAUUUGGGUAAAGAAGUAUGGUUGGAGGGCAGAGCAAGAUAAUUUAAUAUUCGUUGGAAACCAAGAUGAGAAUAUUAAGACUAAGAACAUAAGUGAAAAAAUUGAUUUUGAUAGUGUGGGGCACAUUAUGGCUUCCUGUAUCUAAAUCCGAAAUACAAAUGUUUUGUGCUUUAUAUUCAUUUUAAUUACAGUAAUAAAUAUGAAUUUAUAAUAA